AUGGGCACGCGUGGGCCGCACGUGCUGGUGGACACCACGCCCGCCAAGACCAUCCUGGUGUACCGCAACGGGGACGCGUUCUUCGCGGGCCGGAGGUUCGUGCUGCCGCGGCGCCGCGUGGCCACCUUCGAGGCGCUGCUGGACCAGCUGACCGAGCAGGUGGAGGCGCCCUUCGGCGUGCGGCGCCUGUUCACGCCGACGCGCGGGCACCCGGUGCUCGAGCUGCAGGCGCUGCAGGCGGGCGGCAAGUACGUGGCGGCCGGCCGCGAGCCCUUCAAGAAGCUCGAUUAUAUUCAUAUAGCUCCCAGAAAACCCACAAAGAUGAGAAGGUUGAAGGAAAUCAAACCAGUGGUACAUUAUGAUAUGAAUGUGCCUUCCAGGUGGCAAACAUUUCACCGUACAUCCCGGCAUGUUAAUGUUUUCACAAAUGGAAGACUAUUUAUCCCACCUGUAAAAAUUAUCAUACCCAAAUUCAGUCUGACGGAAUGGAAUAGUGUGCUGGCCAUGAUUGGGGAGAAAGUCUUCCCUCUAGGAGGCGUGCGAAAAUUAUUUACCAUGAAUGGGCAUCUCUUGGACAACUCAAAGGAUCUGCAAGACAACCACUUCUAUGUUGCUGCAGGACUGGAGACCUUCAAAUAUUUCCCUUACUGGAAAUCCUCCAAGGUGCCCAGUGAGGUCCAACAAAAGUAUGCAGACAUCGAGAAAUACUCACGAAGAAAGAAAAAGGAGCAUUCCAAAGGAAAAGAACCUCAUAAAUACGACAACAUUCCCCAUAAGGAACAGGAUUCUGUUUUUUAUGCCAAAGAGGGAAAGAAGAAAACACUAGAAGAACCUUUAAUGCAAAGCAGCGCAGAAGGUGACGUGUAUAAAGCUCAGACUCCUCCCACAGAAACCCAAGGAGCCUCGGAAGUCAAAGAGGACAAGGACGUGCAGGUGGAGGUGCCCGUGGACCAGACACCAGAGGAGAUAGUUAAGGAAGACGAAGAGAUACAUAAUAGCCCCCCUGAUUUUGAAAGCAGCAAGAAAAAAGAAGAUGAAAAUCCUUGGGAAGAUAAUGAAAGAAAGCAUCUCUCAAGAACCUCAGCAAGAAUAAAAAAGUGGUUCCAUUUCCUGAAAAAGAACCAUAUGACAUUCUAGAGGGAAAAAACACACCUAUACUACUAGAAACCCCAGUAAAAAUAGAAGACCAAAGAGAACCACCAAUGGGACAACAAUCACUAGAAUCAUCAUCGACACAAUCAGAAGAACAACCUGAGGAACAAGAAUUGCCCAAAGAGCCAUCUUGGGGACAACCAUCUCAAGAACAGAUACCUGACAAGCAAGAAUCAUUUGAACAGCCAUCCUUGGGACAAGCAUCCCAAGGACAG